AUAAUACUUUACAGAAAUCACUUAAUUAUAUUUAGGCCAUCGAUAUUUAUUUUCAAUGACAAAAUUACUGAGUCUAUAUAAAGCUACGGAAUUUUUUUACUGUCAUUACGGUAUUGAAUUUUUAAAAAUUACACUUCGGUACUUGAAGUAUUAAGUGAUUUCAUAAUAAAUAAUUAUGGAGUCUAGUGAAAAUAAUAACGAUAUAAAUAAGGAUAAGGAUACACUUGAUUGUUAUGCGACACCGCCAUUAGCUGCUACUCUGCCUAAACGUGUCAGAUUUCAAGAAAAUAAAAUUAAAAAAUCAAAUGAUGAAAGUGGAAAUUCACAACAAAAAAUAUCAAAAAACUUUCAAGUUCUUAAUGAUAAUUUUUAUGUAUUAAGAGAACAUUUUCUCAGCGCAGAAGAACAAAAUGAAGAAUUUAGAGAAAAUUUUACGGAUGAAUUAAAUAUUUUGUACAAAAAACUCGACGACGAUGAAGAAAAUUUCGUUCAAUUUAAGAAAGAAAUGGAGAUAAAAAUAAUAAACUUGGAAAAUAAAAUGAAAAACUUUGUUGAGAGAGAAGAAAAAUGGAUGGGAAUAAAAAAAAAGUUUGAUGAGUUUGAAGAAACAUUAAAUAAAAUAUCAAGAAGUGUAGAUAGAGAUAUAAUUAAUGUCGGAUUGUUUGAGAGGAUAAAAAAUGUGGAAAAAAAUAUUGAAUUGCGAGAAAAACAAAUAAGGAUGAGAAAUAUUAUAAUAAAAGGGUUGAAAAAAGGAAACAGUGAAACACGAGAAGAGGUCGUGGAGAUGUUGAAAAAAGAAUUAUUUGUAGAGCCUGAAAUUGAAGAAUGCCGAGUAAUAAGGGAGGGAAAUAAUUCAACGGAUAGGAUAAUUAUGGUUAAAUUAAAAAAUUACGAGGAUAAGAGAAUAAUAAUGACGAGGAGAGUGUUGCUGAAGGGGAAAAAUUUUCGGAUUCAUGAUGAUCUGACGUGGAAUGAGAGGCAGAUUCAGUUAUUUAUAAAAGAAAAAGCUCGGGAGGAGAAACAGAAAGGAGCUUUUGUCAGAAUUUUAAGAGGAAAAUUGUAUGUCAACGGCGAAUGCUGGGAGUACCGCGAAAAUGAAAUUAAUAAUUACAGAUUAAUUAAACCCAUUAGAGAAACUGCGGUCUAGUAAAUUUAAAAAUUGUGUUAAAAAAUUUGCCCUAAUG